CGUGAUUCUACCCCAAAAAAAAUUAUUUUUGGUAGAUUACUAAAUACUUAUUAUUAUGAAAUAAUAUUAUAUAAACUAGGUAAAUGUUAUGAAUUAUAUAUGAUAUGAAUAGAGUAUAUAAACAUGAGAUUAAUUAAAUAUGAAAACUGACUCUUAAUUUUUUUUAUUUUAUUAUGAUAUGAGUCACAUAUAUGUUUUGUAUGACGAUUUCAAAUUUGAGUUUGAGACAAAUUUGAGUAAAUGAAUUGAGUUUGAGUUCGAGACUUGGCUGUUUUUGAGACCUACUAACAUUUCUUCGUUCAUUUUAUCAGCUUUGAAAUUAUCAUUUUUUUUUCUGAAAUUCCCACACAACUAAGAAAUUGGAGAGGAAAAAAAAAAAGAUUAGUGUCUAUUGUCUAAAAGCCCAAACUGACAAAAAGAAACAAAAUGUGUAAGUCUUCCUUUAGCUCCUUCAUUUUCUCUUCUUUCUACUAAUGUUUAGGUGGUAUAGUGUGUGUCCUUUGACAUAAUGUUACUCUCAAAUCUCCAUCGAAGAUGGAGUGGAGUGCACAUGCAGCAGCAAGCAGCAAGCAGCAUGCACUAUAUGCCAUAAUUCCCUCUCUGGCCCCCCACUCCCACCAUAAAUCUUUCCAUAUUUUUCACUUUUACUCCCUUCCUCAAUCAACGCAAUUUAGUCCGGCCGGCAAAAUUUCCCUCCCAAAAGUUAAGGUCACCUUCUAUAAGAAACACCUCCCUACCAUUCUUCCCUAAACCAAAAUCACACAGAAACAAGGGAGUCAGAAUAAGCCAGCUGAUCUCCUCCACCUCUGUCUCCAUUCCCCCCUUUUUUUUUCCUCUGUCCCUAACAAUGGCUCCUUCCUCUUGGAACCUCUUCUUUGUCCUUUUCCUCGUCGGUAUAUUUUCUUCCUCCAUUGUUGUCCCAACUCAAGCCAGAGAAGCAAAGCUUUUCUUCAGCAAGUACGUCCACGCCACCACCAAAACCACUCCCAACGUCCCUAAACCAAACCCAGUUUCCCAAAUCUCGCAACAACCCGCCUCUUCCCCUGCCCUCUCCCCUGCCUCCGCCCCUGCCACGGCAGAGAGCCAGAACGACGGCUAUGGCCUCUGGGGCGCUGGAUCUGGCAUGGUUGUUCCCACCAAUAAACAAACCACCGUCACCACCACCACAACCAAGGCCAUGGACCCCACUUACAAGGACGACGAUGAGCUCGAAGCAGCACUCAAUGGCGGCGCUACCAGUAGCUAUAGCGACGACAACAACUACAAUCCAAAUGGCUAUAGUGGUAGCAACAACAACAACAACUAUGACGAAAGUGCUGCCUUCUCUGCUGCCACUAACAGCUAUAACUACAACAACAACAACAACAAGCAGUACAAUCCCAAUGGCUAUAGCAGCAGCAGCAACAACUACGACGACAAUGUUUAUUCUGCCACCACCACUAGCAGCUACAACGACGAUAGCAAGCAGUACAAACUCGGUGGAGCCCAGUACGUGACGGGACGGAGCCAGAACAACAACAACGGCAAUAGCUUCGCUGCCAACUACAACACCGAUGCUUACUUCACUGGCAGCGAUGACGAAAUCGACAACUUCUCUGCUGAUGAGUCCAAUUCCAAAACCAAUGAGUACAAAUUGGGGAACGCGCAGUAUGUGACGGGAAUCCAGAGCAGCAGCAGCAACAACAACAACGAUGGGGAUCGCUUCACGGCAAACUACGAUGGCAAUGGCUACUACGGCAGCAGCAGCAGCAGCUCGGGGAAGUACAAUUAUCAGAAGAAAAAUUACAACAGUAAUGGGUAUGAGGAAGCAGAGAGGCAGAGGCAGGGGAUGAGCGACACCAGGUUUGUGGAAGGUGGGAAGUACUAUUACGAUUUGAGCAAUGAGGACAGCAAGGAGAUGAUGAGCAACUACCCGGUGAAUUAUGACAACAGCCAGAACGAGUUCGGCAGCAGCAGCAGCAGCAGCAGCAGCAUGGAGGAACAGCAAGAGAACUGGCCGUGAAUGGAGUACUCUGUGUAGGGACUUUUUCGUCUUUCUGUUUGUGUAGUGAACGAUGCAGAACAAUGGAAUUGAGAGAUUAAAGAGAGGGAGAGCCGACAUUAGAUUGGCUUUUUUUUUUUUAAAGUUAAUUCUUUCUCACCCCCCAAUCUGAUCUUGAUUUCAGUCCUGUUUGUGGGUUGUGAACCAGUGUUUCUGUUGGCCAUGUAUCAGUUUGAUUUUCUUAUUUAUUAAUCCAGUGUGAUGGAUCCAAAAGACGAUGAACUAUAGGAUACUAUAUAUAAAUAUAGUAAUGUUUGGAGA